AUGGCGGCCGGGCUGGGGCCGGGGCUGCUGGCCUUGGCCUUGGCCUUGUGGCCGGCAGGGCUCUGGGCACAGCCGAGGCUGCAGGAGGCCGGCGGAGGGCAGCGAGCGCCCGGGGACUCCAUCACCCUCUCCUGCCGGGGAUCCGGAUUCAACUUCGAAGAUUAUAAUAUUUACUGGUACCGUCAGGCACCCGGAGGCACCCUGGAUCGGGUGUCCUUUAUCAGCUACUACAGUGGCAGUACAAAGAACUACGGGGCAGCAGUGCAGGGUCGAGCCGAGAUUUCUCGGGACAAUUCUCGGUCCGAGGCUUAUUUCUCAUUGCGGUCCCUGCAAGUUCAGGACUCUGCCCGGUACUUCUGUGCCAUCACACGGGAGCAGGAAAUUGUGGACACAGAAAAGCUUAUCUUUGGACCGGGGACAGCUCUCACUGUUGUACCAAACAUUCCAAAAACUUCCAUCCCUCAAGUUAUUGUGAUGAAAUCAAAGAAACUGGAAGAAGGUGGUAGGCCUGGGAAAGCAGCUUGUUUGGCAAGGAAUAUUCACACAAAGAGCAUCAGCCUGGAGAUGCCCUCUGAGGAGCUCGUCUAUGAACAGAGCACAUCCCUUUGGACAUCAGAGGGGUACAAUGCAAUUAAAGUGGUCACUGUGACAAGAGACACAGAGGUGACCUGCACGGCCAAAUUCGACAACAGCAUGAUGACAACAACACAGCCAGAAGAGGAGGCUGAAGAACCAGUGGCAGGGAACAGUGAGAGGGUUUGCAACAGCACAGAGCCCUCAGCACAAGAUGCUGAAGGGCAGAGAGUGAACAUGCUGUCCAUGGCUGUGUUGGGUUUGAGAGUCCUGCUGGCAAAGAGCAUCGCCUUCAACACCCUCAUGAGUAUCAAGUUGUUUCUGUUCUGAGCUGAGGGAGCUCUCAGCUAUCAAACACUGCUUCCUAGGCCCAAUUUCAUUCCAUGUCGUUUCAACCCCACUUUGCUCUUCCAGUCCUGGGGAAUGAAGGCAAGAGGAACCCGAAGAAGAGCAGGAAAGAACGUGAAGCAGCAGCACAAGGGGCUGGAACAAGCAGGGCCAGAGCAGCUGACAGAGAGCAGCCAGGACACAAGGCAGCACCUUCCCCUGAAGCCAUUGAACACUGCUCACUGCUGCCUGGCCAGCUCCAUUCCACUGAACAGCUUGAAGUGCUUUUGCUCUUUGCUCUCCUCUGAGAACUGAGGGGAGUGCAUUUAUCCUCAUCAUCCUAAGUCAUCUCCCCACUCUUGUGCCAUUUGCACACGAGUGUCCAAGUUAAUUCAAUAGCUUUGCAAACUCCAAUGCUCACCCUAGAUAUGUGGCCUUUUAAAAGCACCUUUCCCAGGCCUGUUGUGUUCCUGCCUGUGCAGCUGCAGUAGUGCUGCUGAGGGAAUUCAAGCCCAGUAGUUGCCAUUUGGAGCUUUGGGUUUUUGAUCAAUUUAAUAAGCGUGUGUUGCAGAUGAGAAGAGCUGUGUAGGAUCUGAAGUUA